AUGUCUACUGAAACAUCUGUCAAAGCUAGUAACUGGAGAUUGGUCGAAGUCGGUCGUGUCGUCCUUGUUAACAAAGGUCAAUACGCUGGUAAAUUAGCCACUAUUGUUGAAAUUAUUGAUCACAAAAGAGCUUUAAUUGAUGGUCCAACCACCGGUGUUGCUAGACAAGCUAUCUCAUUAGCUCACGUUGUCUUGACCCCAUUAUCAUUUGCUUUACCAAGAGGUGCUAGAUCUCCAAUUGUUUCUAAAAAAUUCCAAGCUGCUGAUAUUGCAAACAAAUGGUCAUCAUCAUCAUGGGCUAAAAAAAUUGCUCAAAGAGAAAAACGUAGAGCUUUAACUGAUUUUGAAAGAUUUCAAGUUUUAGUUUUAAAAAAACAAAAAAGAUUUGCUGUUAAAAAAGCUAUUGCUAAAGCUUAA